UGACGCCGCGGGCUACUCGGGACUCACCGCUCUUCCUUUUUCCCGGGUGGGAGAGCAGCGCGGAUAUCGUUGCGUUGCAGGUCGGGUCCCAUAGCAUACCCGUGCAAUCGUUACAGCAACGGAACCCAACCGCUCUGUCCCUCCUCCUUUUCUUGAGAACUUUUGGAAUGGUUGGGGUCAACAUCGGGGAUACCCUCACGCCGACCCCUUGGGCACCCGAGAAAAUCGAGCAAGCUCUUGCCCAGGCCAGGUCAUCAGGAUACUUUUCCUGUGACGCGGUGAAGUUUUGGCACUGCGAUGCUUCGCGCAUCUUGCCCACGGCUCAACAAGACCACAUCAGAAAGGUCAUGGUCCACGCCAACAACCAUGAGAUGCUCUCCGUGAGCAACUGGAGGGCUUGGGUCGAGGCACACCUGAGCCCCGUGGUCGGGGGGCUGAGGGGCCAGCGCGUGCACAAGGAGAUAUUCCUGGCGGUGGGGAACGAGGCCCUAGCACCGUGGCACGUCGAGAUGUUCGGACGCAAGCUGGUGCCGUGUAUGAAGGAGGUGUACACCGCUCUACAGCAAACCGGGCUCAGCGAUCGCGUGAAGCUGGUAACCCCCCUCGAGAUGUCCAUCCUUGGCGCCUCGUACCCGCCAAGCGCGGGACAGGUCGCCGAGGCUCACCUGGAGGUGGUUAGCGAGGUCGUUAGGCUUCUCGUGAGGAUAGGAUCCCCGUUCUGCAUCAACGUGUACCCUUUCUUCGCGAGAGAACACGCCUCACGAAACUUCGUCCUCUUCGGGCCGGACGAGGGAUAUACCGACGGAGAAGGGGGAUGCUUGCGCUACACCAACAUGUUCGACGCACAGUUUGACGCGGUAGUGACCGGAAUAUCCAAGCUCAAGGAUUGCAUCGUGGGAGCGGACCAGCUGGAGAUGGUUGUCACCGAGGUUGGAUGGCCCACAGCGGGAUCCGACAUGGCUGACAAGGAGAGCGCGAGGCGGUUCACGGCCGGCGCCACCCUGGCCAGCAUCAAGGGGACCCCGCUCAGGCCAGGUCGCCUGGAUGUGUACCUCUUCGAGCUGUACGACGAGUGCCAGAAGGACGGCGCCGCCCACGAGAAACACUUCGGCCUCUUCGACAUCGGCGGGUGCCCCAAGUAACGUGGCCAGCCUGAGUCGCCAAGUCGGGGUGGUGGUUUGCGCUGUGCAUGCGAAAGUGCUUACAAGGACGAACUGCUACAGUACCCGCCACCCCUUCACACGUUUUUUUCCCAUGGUGAAGUUUGGUGUUGCACAGGAAUUGGUAUUGGGGGACCCCAUGGUGGCCUCAUUGCUGAUGAAGGUCGCCGUAUCCCCCGUGGUCGAACUAUGUCCAAGUAUAUAGGGUUUUGUAUUGCACAUCCUGCCUAAAUUUGACCUUUUCGAAGUUUAACGGUCUGUAUCCCGGUGUGCACGUGUAUCCCCCGGCCGAAAACACUCGGUGUUCUGGGAAUUAGCGGCCUAGGGAGAGGUUUGUUCUUAGUGGAUUCGCCGCUGUUGUCGGUUGACCCAGCACAGAAUGGGAGCCUAAAGUAACCGAGCCUUUGUUCGAUAUCUUCUAAGGUAUACGACUUCCUCACAUAAAUUUGAAGGGCCUCUUCUUCGUCAACGGGUUGACAAUUCCGGGUGGCUAUGAUCCUUGCGUGCCGUCAGUCCCAUUGCGGCGUUGGGAAUCUAUUGUGUGCACUCCGGUCGUCUAGCAUGUGUUUUCCGUGCUACAACAACGACGAGGUUGUUGCGUCGCCCGUUCAGAAUUGAAGGAUAUUCAAUCAUUUGUGAAGUGGCAAUAGUUUCGACGAAUGUUUCCAUUGAGCAGUGCGUGUCCGUCGGUGAAAUCCCGGGUCAGACAACUGGCCAGCAUGGCUAGAAGUGUUUUUGCCCUCUCGUGUAUCCUUCUGUGUCCAACGAGUUGAUGCACGAAUGAAAGACUUACGAUAGCUCCCCGCCAAGAUGUCAUCCGUCGAAGUUUGUGCGAUACGCCCCCCGUCUAAGUGUAAGGCCCUUUGAUGGUGUGUUGUGAGGUAGUGGUACGUCGUGUGUGGUUACAAUUUUCUGGUUGGGGUAACCUUUUGGAAUAAAUGCCUGCUCUGUCCUCCACCUCCCAAGAGUAGUAGGCGAUCCUGCGGCACAGACGACACUGAGCACCAAACAAACUAAAAUGUGGUACCCAUGCUAGUAUGAUUUAGUGAACGUCUUAGGGAAGAAGUGAAA